GGAGGGGGGCCGGAAAAGUUCGCGACGUCGGCAGCGGUGCGUGGCUACGCGGCCCUAGGCGGGAUGGCUCUGGGUCUCGGCACUAUGGUCCAUUCUCCGGAUCUCGGUCCGGGGUCCCGGCUGUGGGACCCACGAGCCCCGCUUGUGCCUUGCUGGCUCGAGGGUGACUGCUCUUGUGCGAACACCUGGGCUCCCAGGCCACUUUUACCGCCCACCUCCCCACCAAAGGCUUCGGCUUUUGGACUUGUGGGGUCAAAUUAGGUCUGACACUCCCAGUACUCAGGCGUCGCCUUUUCGGACUCUUUGACUCUCGACUCCACAACCCACGGACUCCCCCCUCCCCUUAGGCCCCUUCCCUGUUGGUGGCUUAGUGGGGGUUGGACCUGGUGGGUACUCUUCAUGAUGGACACGAAGCCCCAAGUAGGUAGUGAGGACAUGAGAUUGAUUAGAACCCAAAGGCGUACUCUCUGCUGGCCCUAAAGUCGAAGAAGCACCGAGUUGGGGGACUCGGGAAACUUUCGGCCCCUUGGACACAGUGCAAGGUCGUCUUGCGUGCAGCUCACUAGCUGGAAGUCCUCUGUUCCUGGCUACCAGUCGCCCAGAGAGGUCACACUUGGCCUUGCCAGAGUGCUCCAUGCCUGUGUGACUGGCUGAGAAAGGGCUUUGUGGCGUGUGGGGGUUAUAACUCACAUGGCUGCAGCCAGUGUGACUCCCCCUGGCUCCCUAGACCUGCUGCAGCCUGGCUUCUCCAAGACCCUCCUGGGGACCAAGUUAGAAGCCAAGUACCUGUGCUCAGCCUGCAGAAACAUCUUGCGGAGGCCCUUCCAGGCCCAGUGUGGUCACCGCUACUGUUCCUUCUGCCUGACCAGCAUCCUCAGCUCUGGGCCUCAGAAUUGUGCUGCCUGUGUCCAUGAAGGCCUGUAUGAAGAAGGCAUUUCUAUUUUAGAGAGUAGCUCGGCCUUUCCAGAUAAUGCUGCCCGCAGGGAGGUGGAGAGCCUACCAGCUGUCUGUUCCAACGAUGGAUGCACCUGGAAAGGAACCUUGAAGGAAUAUGAGAGCUGCCACGAAGGACUGUGCCCAUUCCUGCUCACCGAGUGUCCUGCAUGUAAAGUCCUGGUCCGCCUCAGCGAGAAGGAGCACCACACUGAGCAGGAAUGCCCCAAAAGGAGCCUGAGCUGCCAGCACUGCAGGGCACCCUGUAGCCAUGCAGACCUGGAGGUACACUACGAGGUCUGCCCCAAGUUCCCCUUAACCUGUGAAGGCUGUGGCAAGAAGAAGAUCUCUCGGGAAAAGUUUCAGGACCAUGUUAGAUCAUGCACCAAGUGUCGGGUUCCCUGCAGAUUCCACACCAUCGGCUGUCCUGAGAUGGUGGAGACUGAGGAGCUUCAGGAGCAUGAGGUGCAGAGGCUACGGGAACACCUGGCCCUGUUGCUGAGCUCGUUCCUGGAGUCCCCAGCCUCACAGGCAAGCCAGAACCAGGCGGGGCCGGAGCUGCUGCAGCGCUGCCACACUUUGGAGCAGAAGACAGCCACCUUCGAGAACAUUGUCUGCGUCCUGAACCGGGAAGUAGAGCGGGUGGCAGUGACUGCAGAGGCUUGUAGCCGGCAGCAUCGGCUAGACCAGGACAAGAUUGAGGCCCUGAGUAACAAGGUGCAGCAACUGGAGAGGAGCAUUGGCCUCAAGGACCUUGCCAUGGCCGACCUGGAGCAGAAGGUCUCAGAGUUGGAAGCAUCCACCUAUGAUGGAGUCUUCAUCUGGAAGAUCUCAGACUUUGCCAGGAAGCGUCAGGAAGCUGUAGCGGGCCGUACACCUGCUAUCUUCUCCCCAGCCUUCUACACAAGCAGAUACGGCUACAAGAUGUGUCUGCGAGUCUACUUGAAUGGCGAUGGCACUGGGCGGGGAACUCAUCUGUCUCUUUUCUUCGUGGUGAUGAAAGGCCCCAAUGAUGCCCUCUUGCGGUGGCCUUUUAAUCAGAAGGUAACAUUGAUGUUGCUGGACCAGAACAACCGGGAGCAUGUAAUCGACGCAUUCAGGCCUGAUGUGACCUCAUCCUCCUUCCAGAGGCCUGUCAGUGACAUGAAUAUUGCCAGUGGCUGCCCCCUCUUCUGCCCUGUGUCCAAGAUGGAGGCCAAGAAUUCCUAUGUGCGGGAUGAUGCUAUCUUCAUCAAAGCUAUUGUGGACCUAACAGGACUCUAGCCACCUGUACUAGGAAUAGCAGCUCAGUGAGGAGCUGCCACACUGGGCCAGGGCCCUGCCACACAAGGGUGGGCAGGCUUGGUGCAAGCGCUGGGAAGGGCCUCAGCCUAAAGCCAGUCACCAUUACACGGAAAGGCAGGAAGGAGCCUCCAGUUGGUCCUCAACUGGUAGACUGAGUGGGGGGUCCAUUCAGCUCAGGGUCCUUGUGGGACCAGCUGGGGUCUUCUCAGCUUUCCAGUAGAAAAGCUCUUGCUGUCUUUUCUGUCUGGGGAAGGGAGAGGCCCUUGGGUGGGGUACUCAGAAAGAGCCUGGAGAGAGAGAGAGUUUCAGAGCUACACCAGCAGCAAGAGUGUGGUGGUUGAACUUACCCACUCUGGCUUGUGGCAAGGAGGUAGGGGCUGCACAUGAGAAGGGCAUCCACCUGCAGAGCCCAGCCCAGGAGAGAAGUACUCUGAGACAUAGGCACACACUGGAAAAGGGCCUGCCUGGGCUGCACAGCCCUGCCAGGUGGCCUGUAUUGAGGAGAAGUGAUUAAACUGUUCAGAUGUCUAUGACAAGUGGUGUUCAUCUGGCUCCAGGAUGCCUGCUGUGUCUAGCCUAGAUAGAAAUGGCCCUCUGGGGCCUCUGCUUUCCUCUUCACAUUGACUGUCUGUUCCUUAUACCCUUCAAGCCCAGGGCUCCAUGUGAGCACUCCAUCAUGGGUCUGCCUGUGUAGAAGUGAAGGACUGACCCUUGCCUGGCUCAUGUUCAAGGUUGUUUCCUCAGGGUUCUGGCCUGGUUCACUCUUUGGACUGAGGUUGGAAUGGAGGCACCAUGGUCUAGGCACUGGGCAUGUCUAUUAGUCAGAAGGCAUAUCCAAUCUCCCUCGGUCCAUUUUCAAGUCACCACAGUAGGAAAUGGGGAGAGCACCAGGGUGACGCAUCCAUGCCCAUCUCGGUGAGCCUGCUGUGAUUGAGGAAACAUUGCUGUCUAGACCUGGUCAUGUUCCUGCUCUGUCUGAAUUUUCACUCUGUAUGUGUUGGCUUUUAAAGUAUACAGAAACAGCAUGGGAUGGCAUCAUGGCGGAGAACUGGCUUCACCUGACUGCCCUGUGGCUUUCUGGUGGAGGACAGACACAUCUUGUUUUUUUCUCCUGAGUUUGUGCCUUGAGUUCUUAAGCUGGAACAGGGUCUAGGCCUGCCUGUCACCUGUGGCCCCAGGAGAGCUGGUGUUACAUGGUUGUCCCUUAGGUAUUUGUACUUGCUCUGCAGAGAACUACAUCAAGGGCCUUACAGCCUGUGGGCAUCGGCCUCUUCCUGCAGCAUUUCAUGUGGGCUGUGUGUGACCUGUGUGCCUUGUAGUAACUUACUUAUACUUCUCUGAGGACUGGACUUUUACCAGAUUUAUUGCUCUGGAAUUUCUCCAUAGGAACUGCCCAUUUCUGUCCAUUUUUCUACUUACUUUCUUCCUGCUUGGUAAAAGUUUCUGGUCUUUCUAACAUUGAUCCUUGAUUGUGUUUGAACUUUUUUUCUUUCCAGACAAGAUUUUUCUGUAUAACUACUCUGGCUGUUCUGGAACUCGAUUGAUAAACCAGACAGGCCUUGAACUCACAGUAAUCCACCUGCCCUUGCCUCCCGAUAUUUGAACCUUUUUGAUAUAGAAAAAUUCAAAGCUGAGAUAUGAUCAGUUAAAUAAUGUUUUAAAGUUCUAACAGUUUCUAUGUUUGGCAGCUCAUUUAUAUAUAAUGUAUACUUUUUUUUCUUUUCUCUAGAAAUGUGUCUGUUUUAAAACUAGAAUUAGGUAAUUCAGGUUGAAGCUUUUGUCUUUUGGUUUUUUUGGAGACUGGGUCUUUCUGAGUGGUCCCGACUAUUCUGGAACUCACCGUGUAGACCAGACUAGCCUUGAACUCACAGAGAUCUGCCUGCUUCUGCCUUCUAAGUAGGAUUAAAGGUUUCUACCACCAUGCCCAGCUGGUAAUUUUUUUUUCAGGCAGAGUUUCGAGGCUCAGCCAGCCUCUAAUUCUCUUAAUUAGCUAAGGAUAACUUUGAACUUGUGAUCUUCCUGCCUCUGCUUCCCAGGUACUGUCAUACAAGUGUAUGUCACUGUCCUUGACUUAUGUGGUACUGGGAAUGAACUCCAGGCCUCCUGCAAGCUCUCUACCAAUCUCCACUCCAAACUGGUAGAUUGUUACGUUGGAGUUACUUUUUUUCCUUAAACGCAAAUGGAGGGGCUGAGGGUGUAGUACAGUGGUAGAACACACUUGUCAUGCACAGGCCCUGGGUUCCAUCCCUAAUGUGUGUGCAUCUAACACACACAGGAGAUGGAACUGUGGAAUGGGAAGAAUAGAAAGGUAUCCCCAGAGGGCUGGGCAUGGUGGCAUGCACCCUCAGCCCAGCACUCAAGAGGCAGAGGCAGGUUGGAUCUCCGAGUUCAAGGCCAGCUUGGUCUACACAGUGAGUUCCUGACUCAAGAAACCAAAACAAAACAAAAAGUGCAGUAUGUGUAGGGACAAAGUCAGAGGAGUCACGACAGGCAGAGUCUGAGCCUGUCUGAAGUGGGGGAAUGCUGACAGAAUCUGGGUGAGGGUGGUCAGCUCUCUACCUGUUGAGUCCCUGGGGGUGGCGAGAAGCUUGCUGCUGACCUCUGUCCUUGCUUGUUGCCUAAUGAGGCAGAUGUUGACUUAUCCCCUUCCUUAACUCCAUGAGGAAAUUGGGCUACAGGGAAGAAGAGGGGUCUGUCACCCCGCUCUCUGGAGACAGCUCAUGAGCAGGUGUGGCUUUGCUGCGCAUUGCCUCCCAGUGGGGUGACUGCUGCAGUACACCUCACAAGUCCCCAGAGUUUACAGAACCACUGUCGCUGCCCUGUGACUACACCACUUCCUCCUGUCAGCACAUGCACACAUUAUUCAGGAUAGUAAUAUUAAAAGAAGCAUAAUGCCUUUUAGCAGGAUGGUUUCACAGUCUACCCAUGUUACAGUAUGUGUUAGAAUUUUAGAAUUUUUUUGUGUGUGUAGUGUGCAUGUGUACACUUAAUGUGUGGACACCCAUGUGAAGUUCUGAAGUUGGUGUGGGGAGUCUUCAAUCACUUUCUACUCUACAUUUUGAGACAGGGCUCCAAGAAUCCCAUCCCUGCUUCCUGAGUGCUGGGAAUACAGGCCGAGCACCAUGUUUGUCUGGUGUGUACAUGGGUGCUGGAGAUCAAACUCAGCUCUCCAUGCUUGUGCAGCGAGGGCUUUACCCACAGAGCCUUCUCCUCAGCCUCUGCUAGAAAAUUGGAUAUCUGAGCCGAGCAGUGGUGGCACACAUCUUUAAUCCCAGCACUCAGAAGGCGUAGGCCAGCCUGGUCUACAGUGAGUUCCAGGACAGCCAGGAAUGUUGCACAGAGAAACCCUGUCUCAGUCUACAAGGAACUUUUUUUUUUUUUUUUGACAGGAUCACUCCUUGUAGCCCUGGCUGUCCUAGAACUCAUAUGUUGACCAGGUUAGCUUCAAGCUCUGCCUAUCUCUGCCUCCUAAUCACCACCACACCCAGCUUUUUUUAUUUUUAGCAUUAAAAAUGUUUUAAAAAUACA